AUGGCCUCUUCUUCAAGCGAUUUUCAACUACUGGAUGUUGAGAAUAUUGAUGAAGCACAACGCCCUCAAAAUCAGGAUAAGCUCACUCAAAUACCUAGGGCAACCUACAUUACAGUCAAGGAACUUGAAGUCUGUUGCGAACUGAUGGUGGAUUUACCAAAUCUGAAAGCAAAUGGAUUCAACUUGGAAGAGGAAAUACAAAUACAAGGCUGGGAAAUGUUCUUUGACAGGCUCUAUGGUCCUGUGUAUGAUGUGUUGAUCAAGGAAUUUUGGCUUCAUGCACAUCCUAUUCCAACCAGAAUAGUCUCAUGUGUUCUUGGAAAAAUUAUCAUUGUUACUGAAGAUAGAAUGCUGGGGCUAACUGAAAAAGUAGGAGUGUACAAGGCUCCUGCUGGAGGUCUUUCACCAGAUGUGCUGAGUGAAGUGUUUGCUGAUGGAAGAAUGUCCAAUAAUAUCAAGAAUUUAAAGAACCAUUAUAAAGUCUGGGCAAGGAUCAUCAACGGAUGCAUCCACCAUGGGAAAGAAUCAAGUUCUCCAGACUACAUCAACGUUGAUCAAGUCUACAUCUUAUAA